CCCUCUAAAACAGAGCAGCAGAAGCAGUCGGCACAACUCAACACGGAGAACACACAGGAAAAAAAAAUGAAGCUGAAAUUCCAAAUACUAUCUCUAACGAUAACCUCCGUUACCCUUCAACUCAUAAACCCUUCACUGCAACGGCCUGACUCAACGCUAACCCCAACCCCAACCCCAACCCCAAUUCCUACACCUUGGCCUGAACAAUUUCAUGCGCUUAUCUACACGAACUUGAGCACAGGCCAACUCCAAGUUAGCAACAUAUGGUAUGAUUGGCCUAAAGGCAGGAAUUUUUAUAUAAGGCAGAAUCAACUAUCAACUCUUAUAUAUGAUGUAGAGUGGAGUAAUGGGACAUCCUUCUAUUAUACAGUGGAAGAGCCUUACUCAUGUGAUAUUAUAGAUUUCGGAGUGGGUAUUCCUAGACCUGAUUUUCUUGAUGGAGCUAAUUAUCUAGGGACCAGGGUGGCUGAUGGGUUCUUGUGUAAUGUGUGGGAGAAGGUGGAUUUCAUAUGGUACUAUGAGGAUGUUUCUACUAAGCGGCCAGUCAAAUGGGAUUUCUCUGAUGGUAUAUCAACACAUGUGAUUACAUUUGAUGUUGGUGCAGUUUUUUGGGAUGAUUCAUUGACUCAAGCGCCUGCAUAUUGCUUCAGCCAAUCCAAAGACAUGUAAAUUUCUGAUUUUGCUUUAAUAGUAGUUUAAUUAGGCGUCCGCAUAUUGAAGGUACCUCUACUAACAGAGCUGAAUGUAUGCAACCAACUCCAUCUAAUUAGAGAUUAAAACUUAAUUGUUGUAA